AUGGCUCAAGAUGGAGCCAUGGAGAAGGAGAACCAAACCACAGUGAAGGAUUUCACUAUUGUUGGAUUCCCAAACAUCAGUCAGUUUAAAAGCCUUGUCUUCCUCAUUCUUCUGGCAAUUUAUGGACUGACACUUAUGGGCAACACGCUGAUCAUAGCCUUGGUGUGGAGGGAUUAUCGCCUUCAUUCCCCCAUGUACUGGUUCCUCUGCAACUUGUCUUUCUCAGGCUUUUGGUUCACCACCGUCAUCCUCCCAAAAACCAUGCAGAGUCUCAUGUCAAACAACCACAUGAUUUCUUUCUCUGGCUGCAUCACUCAGACUUAUUUCUAUUUCUUCCUGGGCACGUCUGAGUACAUCCUAGUGGCUGUGAUGUCCUUCGAUAGGUACGUUGCCAUUUGCAAGCCGUUGCAUUACCCCGUCAUCAUGAGUGGACAGCUGACACUGCAGUUGGUUAUUUGCACUUGGAUGGGAGCAUUUAUAUCAGUUUUGUGCCCCACCAUACUUGUAUCCCAGUUACCAUUCUGUGGCCCCAAUGUUAUCAACCAUUUCUUCUGUGACAUAAGGCCUCUCUUGCAGCUGGCUUGCGUGGACACCAGUCUUAUUGAAAGGGUCAUCUCCUCAAUCUCAGCCUUUGUAGUGCUUAGCUCACUGUUCCUAACAACAAUGUCCUACAUGUACAUCAUCCACACUAUCCUGCAUAUCCCAUCUGCUGUAGGACGCCAGAAGGCAUUCUCCACUUGUGUAGCCCACAUCACUGUUGCUUCCAUCUUCUACAGCUGCUCUAUUUUCAUGUACGUCCUGCCAAAAAAACUGCACUCCUCAGAGUUUUACAAAUCAGCGUCCUUCCUUCACACUGUCAUCACUCCUUUACUCAACCCUUUCAUAUACACGCUGAGGAAUGAGAAAGUCCAGAUUGUAUUUAAAGAGACGCUCAGACAGGGAAUUGGGAAUGUUUCAAAAAGGUUCUGA